AAACGAAACGUCAUCCAUCAUGCCGGGCCCUCAAGGACCCGACACGAUCCGAAUUCUGGUGGCAACAGACAACCAUGUCGGAUAUGCCGAACGAGAUCCAAUCCGUGGAGAUGACAGUUGGAAGUCCUUUGAUGAAGUCAUGAGGGUUGCAAAAGAGCGCGAUGUCGAUAUGGUGCUGCUUGCCGGAGACCUCUUCCACGAGAAUAAGCCAUCUCGCAAGUCGAUGUAUCAAGUCAUGCGUAGUCUGCGCGCCAACUGCUACGGCGACAAGCCAUGCGAACUGCAGAUGCUAAGCGAUGGUAGCGAGCACUUUGCAGGUGCCUUCAACCAUGUCAACUACGACGAUCAAGACAUCAAUGUUGCGAUUCCAGUCUUUUCGAUCCACGGCAACCACGACGAUCCAUCUGGAGAAGGACAUCUGGCUGCCCUGGAUAUUCUCUCCAUGUCAGGCUUACUCAACUACUACGGUCGAACACCUGAGUCAGACAACAUUAACGUCAAGCCAGUACUUCUCCAAAAAGGCAACACCAAGCUUGCACUUUACGGGAUGAGCAAUGUCCGCGACGAGCGACUGUGGCGCACAUUUCGAGAUGGCAAUGUCAAGUUCUUUCGGCCAAGCGCUCAGCAAGAUGAGUGGUUCAACAUCAUGAGUGUCCACCAAAACCACCACGCCUACACCGAGACGAGCUACCUACCCGAGAACUUCCUACCAAACUACAUGGAUCUCGUCAUUUGGGGUCACGAGCACGAAUGCAAGAUCGAACCAGAGACGAAUGUGGAGAUGGGCUUCAAGGUGAUGCAACCAGGAUCUUCCGUGGCUACAUCGCUGGUGAAGGGUGAAGCAGAACCCAAGCACAUUGCAAUUGUGAGCGUCACUGGUGUCGAGCAUCACGUCGAACCGAUUCGACUGAAGACUGUGCGACCCUUUCUCACUCGCGAUAUCGUCAUGAAGGAUUUCAAGCAGCUUCGAGAUCUCGCUCAUGUCAGGGAAAACAAGACAAAGAUCACUUCAUUCUUGAUGACUGUGGUGGAGGAGCUCAUCGCAGAAGCUCAGCAAGAGUGGACUGAGCUUCACCAGCAAUCUGACGAGGACGAAGAUGAAGCGGCACCUUUACCACUCAUCCGCUUGCGUGUGGAGACGACACCGCCGGAUGGUGGGAAGUUCGAAACCGAGAAUCCUCAGCGUUUCUCCAAUCGCUUUCAAGGACGAGUUGCCAACGCAUCAGACAUUGUGCAAUUCCACAAGAAGCGAGCUGUUGUCAGGUCAGGUAAGAUGCAGCCGGAAAUGCCUGAAGACGGCGUCAUGGCGGAACUGCAGGCACUUGAAAGCGUCAAGGUUGAGAAACUCGUCAAGGAGUUCCUUGCAGCCCAAGCCCUCACCAUCCUCCCGCAAAACAGCUUCAGCGACGCGGUCGGUCAGUUCGUCGACAAGGACGACAAACACGCCAUGGAAGAGUUUCUCGGCGACAGCUUGAAAACCCAGCAGGAGAACUUGCUCGCUACCGCCCGCACAGCAGCCGAGGGCGAUGACAACGAUGAUGAGAAGGCAGAUGAACUCAACGACGAAGCAAUGGCCGAGUUGAUCGAGAAGAACCGACUCCUGAUGGAAGAGCAGCACUCUAGAGGUGAGCGGCGAAUCCGUCGGAAGAGGGGCACUCUGAAGCCAAAACCGCCGACUUGGGACAGUGACAUGGAAGGGCCGUGGGAGGAUAGCCUGAUGUCGUAUGCCGUGGAGGACGGUGAAGAGAGCGCGGCAGAAGAGGAGGAUGACGAUACUCCCACACGACCUGCGAAAGGCAGAGGUAGUCGUGGAGGCCGAGGAGGCAAGGCGACGGCUGGCACCACACGCAAGACGGCUGCCACUACGAAGAAAGCGCCGGCGAAGAAGGCACCGGCCAAAGCUCCGGCCCGUGGCAAGAAGAAGCAGACUUACGAAGAAGACGAAGAAGACGAAGACGGCGAUGCGAUCAUGAUCAGCGACGACGAUGACGAUGAGGAAGAGGAGAGCCAGGGCUUGUUCGUCUCCCAAGCAAAGAAGGCGCCAGCCAAGAAACCAGCAGCACCGCGGGCUCCACGUGGACGUGGAGGUGCCACGGCAGCUGGCAGGAGUGGUACACAGGCUACGCUCACGUUUGGCAACAGUCAGGCUCCUUCUACUGCGAGAUCCUCGACAAUGAGGUCCACUGCGAGACCGCAGCCUUCGAGGCGUGUCGAGCCUGAGGACGACGAGAUCAGCGAUGACGACGACGCCUUUGAGCCACCACCAGCUGCUCAGCGGACUGGUCGGCGCUGA